AUAAUAACAGAAAAACACUCUUAAUUUUUUAGACCAGAUAUUCUCUUCUUCCCGGUGAGUACUCCGAUGAACUUAACCGACAUAGAUAGUUUCGUUCGUCUCUUUUCAUUGUAACUAUUAGAUGCUUGGCAGGUUUUUGUGUUAUUUCAAGGUUGGAAUCUUUGUUAGUCGAUGGAAAAGCUCUUUAGGUGUAUUUUCUCAUAUAGUUGAUGUACAGAUUGCUGAAUAGGAAGGAAGAAGGAGGAGAAUAAUUUGUAGUGUAAGUGAAAAACUUUUGCCUGGCAAAAAUGGCGCAAAGUCUGUCAUUAAGCGCGGUAACGAUCUCCGGAGAUGGCAGCGGGGCUCAUGGGUCUUCGUGGAGGAGGCAUUUCAAACUGAAGAAGAAAACGCAUAUACUUUCUGGGUUUGAUGGUCAAUGUUUCUCGCACCAAUGUUUUUCUGUAAGAGGUCAUCCCAAUUUAUUAAGAGGAAGAAAUUUGAGGGUUGAAGCUGGAUGGCUGUUUAAAGGAGGUGAGGAGCGUUUGUGUGCAAGUUCAGAGCGUAGUGAGAGUGCUAAUGAGGAUAUAUUGAUUUUCUUCUUCCAGCUGGACCUGGCCACUCGAGUACAGUGUGCUCUAAAUUUAGAACAGUAUGAAAUUGCUCAACAACUGAGAAACAAGCUUACCGAGGUUGAAGCAGAGAUCAUCAAGCAGCAAGAAGCUAAACGAGGAUCAUCUUCUAAGAGUGAAGCUCAAGAUAAAGCUAUAAGCAUCAUACGUCUGCGUGCAGACCUUCAGAAUGCUAUUGAAAGUGAGGAUUAUGCUUUGGCGGCUAAAUUAAGAGAUGAAAUUUCUGAACUGGAGACAGAGUCUUUAGCUGCAUCUGCAAAAGCCCUUGCAUAUGAAAAUGCACAAUAUGCGUUUCGCUUGGGACAGAAAGUGAGGCAUAAAAUUUUCGGCUAUCGAGCUGUCAUUUGUGGGAUGGAUCCAGUGUGCAAUGAAUCAAGUUCAUGGAUGGAGAUUGCACAGGUUGAGAAAUUGGCUCGAGGUUCCAAUCAGCCAUUUUAUCAGGUUUUGGUUGAUGUACAUGCUGACCCCAAUUUACUAGUGGCAUAUGUUCCCGAAGACAAUCUGUUAGCUCGUGAGGAAGCAGAUAAGGAAAGGUUUGAUCAUCCAUAUAUUUCCUUCUUAUUUUAUGGUAUGGACACAGCCGGAGAUUUCAUCCCUGUAAAGCAACUGCGCGACAAGUUCAAUCGACCUCGGCAUGAAGUUCUCAUUGAUGCACAAGAUGAAGAAACUGGGAGUGAUGAGUAAACCAGAAAUCCAUACUUCCUCCUCUCUGCUUUGCUGGAAGUUUUAAGACGGGAAGAGAAGUCAAACUCCUUUAUAUUUUUUACCAGUAUUUGCUGAAGAUGUCAUCCCAUGUUUCGAAUGUUGUACAUAAUCUAUGGCUUCAAAACCUCGUCCAGUUUUUCCUUUUAGAUAACUAAACUCCGCUGGCAUGUACAUAAUAUAAAUCAUUUAGAUGUAAUAUAAUACAUCCAUAUGACUUUUA